AGAUGAUUGAAAUGUAAACAUUGGGAGUACGAACUACUUAACCAAAAGUUUCUUUAUUGAUAGAUGAUUCCAAAACUCUAACAUAUCCAGAAUUAUUCAGAUAUGCAUCACAAUUGGCUCUUUUUGAUGUAAGGACUCUUAAUGCCAGUCAUUAUUAAUAAUUUAAGGAUGUCUUUGUGAAUUAAACAAAGGCAAUAUCUGUAAUAAAUAAUGUAAUUCUAAGGAACCUUAAUUCGAAUAGAUAGCAUCUUUAGUGGAUUUUAUACCAGGAUCAACUACAUCAUAAAUGAUGGUGGCUUUAGGAACAUUCUCUAAAAAAAAUGCACUUGGUGGCAUAGUUGCUUUGUUAGCAUAUACAUUACCUGGAGCUAUCAUAUUAACAAUAUUAGGUUAUUUGUAUGGUCAGUACCCUGAUCCUAGAGAUCUUAACAUUUUAAUAUUUUUAGCUAUUUAGGGUAUUAAAUCAAGUACUGUUGCAUUGAUUCUUUAAUUAAUGAUUACUUUAGCUAUGAAAUCUAUUAAUAAUAAGUUGCAUAUCAGUUUAUCAAUAUUAAGUGCAGCAUUAUUUGUUGUUUAUUAAUAACCGUACGUAUUGAUCUUAACUAUGAUGAUGGGAGGAAUUACUACUAUUAUGGUUGAAUAUGAUGCAGAAAAUACUAUUGGAAGAAGAACAUUUGCUAAAGAAUAAAGUGCUACUCCUGCAAUAUUUAAUGAUCCAAAAUUAAUUAAUAAAAAAAAUAGUCAUAAAAUCAGUUAAUUAUUAGGAAAUAAAUCUUUACAUUUAUAUUCUGCUAUAUUAUUGAUAUUAUUGUAUCUCAAUUCACAAUAGCAAUCAUUAAUUUUAGAUAUGUCUCUCUCAUUUUAUAAUAUAGGAACAUUUAUGAUUGGAGGAACACCUAUUACAUUACCUUUUAUGUACGCAGAAACAGUUUUAAAUCCAUUAUAUAUAAAUGCUGAUGCAUUUUGGUUAGGAUUUGGUUUAGCUGCUGCUCUACCAGGUCCUUAUUUAAAUUUUGCAAUAUUUCUAGGUACACAUAGUAUGGGAAUUUACGGAGGCAUAUGUUGUUGGAUAGCAAUAUUUUUACCGUCAAUCUUAUAGAUUUGGGGAUUAUUACCUCAUUGGAAUAAUUUAAAAAAUAAUGUUUAUUUGUAGAAAUUUAAAGAAGGCGUUAUUAGUGUAGCAAUUGGAUUUUUGGCAACAGCUGUGUAUUAUUGUUGGGUUGAUGCUUGUAAAUAUGAUUUACCUACUGCUACAGUUAUUUCAUUUUUAAGUUUAGUCUAUGUCAGUCUACUUAAUUUUAAUAGUCCUGCAGUACUCACUCUGGGUGCUGCUUUAUUUAUUAUUCGUUAUCUUGCAUUAUGGUAUUAUAGAGAAUUAGAUCCAGUGAUAUUUUGA